AUGGGUGUGAUUUUUUUCAUUUUUCUUCUAUCAAUUACACAUGUUUCACUACUAUCAAACUCGGUCAACGCGGUGUAUCCAAAGAAAGGUUUUAGUCUGAAGUUGAUUCAUAGAGACUCCAAGGAAUCACCUUUAUAUCAAGGUAACCAAUUAACAAGAGAAGAAAGGCUCCAGAGACUCGUAGAACAAUCCAAAGCCCAAGCACGUUACAUCGAGUCACAAAUAUUACUUCAUGACAAUGCAACACUCUCCAUGAAUCCCGAUGCUGUACGUUUGCCUGUAAUUUACGAAUCACUUAAGAUUUACGUUGCAAUGGUUGGUUUAGGUACAUUUGAUGGUAGCGGAGAACAAUUCAAGAAUUAUUAUUUGAUGGUUGAUACAGGUAGUGAUAAAACUUGGCUUCAAUGCGAAGGUGCCACUAAAGCUUUCUAUCAGGAUGAGCCACUUUAUCCCUGGAGCUCGUCAUCUACGUACCGUCCUGUUCCUUGUGAUACUCAUCCUUAUUGCAAGGGAGAUAGGUGCAAUUCUGAUGGUCAAUGUAUUUAUAAAGUACGCUAUGACAGUGGAUAUGUUUCAUCUGGUAUUUUAGCUGUAGAAAAAUUUACUCUAGGCUCCGAUUCUGGUGGUGUUGAAAAUAUUGAUUUACAGAUGGGUUGUGGAUUUAAGCAAGAUAAUUUUGGACAAUAUAUCGGUAGGAAUCAUUUAUAUGGAAAACGUGAUGUUAUUGCAGGAAUACUCGGUUUAGGACCAGGAGAAAUGUCUUUUCUAAAUCAAUUAGGUGCCGCUGGAGAAGGAAAAUUUUCCUACUGUUUCGAGGCGCUUAAGAAUCAUAUUGAGGGAUCAGAUACAUAUUUAAGGUUUGGUGCAGAUGCAACAAUUGGAAGCGCAUAUGAAGAAGUAUAUACAACUCCCAUUGUUGUGUCUCCGUUUCGGGCUCAUGAGUAUUACUUAAAUCUCGAAGAUAUUAGUGUAGGUGACAAAAGAAUAAACUUUCCUAGAGGUACUUUUGAGAUUAAAUCCCGAAAAGAAGGCGGUGCUAUCAUAGAUAGUGGUUCUCCAGUAUCCACGAUGUAUAAAGAUCAUUUUGAUUUAGUUGCCGAUUUGGUGAAGGCACAUUUCAAAAAGCUCGGGGUUGAAUAUAUUGGUACCCGGGGAUAUUAUGAUGUUUGUUUCCGUCUACGUGGAAGAUUUGAUAUUACUAACUAUCCUUCCAUAACACUUCAUUUUCAACAGGCCGACUACGUUAUUUCAGAUUAUAAAGCUAAUUUUCUGAUGAUGGACAUCGAAACUAUCUGCCUAGGCUAUUAUCGGGAUAACAGAAAUAUGCCAUCUUUUAUUUUAGGAGCAAUGCAACAAGCUAAUAAACGAAUUUUGUAUAAUAUUAUGGAUCAGUCACUCUCAUUCGUUACAGAGUAUUGCAGAUCAGGUUCAUGA